CGAUUCUCGCCGAUCGGGUCGGAGGAAUGUUUGGCAACAGAUGAGCAUUCGGUAGUGUCGGACGGAUCUGAUGCCGAUUCCGCCACUUAUAACGUCAACUCUCCCCGAAGAGCACGGAUUGUUAGACCCGUUGCCUCAAAAUCAUCAAAUUUGAACUAUUCUUUGGCUAAAAAUAAAUACACGGCUAAACAGACGCGCACUUCAGCCCUGAGAGCCUCCCGAUCCCGAUCUGUUGAAACACAUCUCAGCGAAGAUACCAUUAUCUCUCAUAAUAAGGGCACCGAUCGGCACAUGUAUUCAAAUGAUGGCAACAAAUAUAUUGAUUAUAUGGUAAAUAACGCCAACUUUGCGUUCAUUGAUGACAACAAUGCAUCCAAACGAGCGAAACCACGUUUGGACACUUCAGCUAAGAAUAGAGAGCAUAACAACAAAUCAUUGCUCACUUCUGUUCGCUCCAAGUUAUCGGCGUCGCUCUCAUCACACGCUUUGGGCGCGAGUAACGCGAGUCUGUCGUCCAACUCGUCCAAUGGUUUGACCCCUUCGUGUGCGUCGUUCUCACGACGACUGGAAGUCCAGUCACGCAUCGCAUCGCUUUGGAAGCGAAGCAAAAGCACCGCAACUGAGUCUAAGUCGAAGAAAAUGGAUUUGAGUCGCUCUAUAAGUGCCCGAAGAUCAUUUGGAAAGUCAAACAAAAAUGUGGAUCAAAAGGGCGGGUCAUUAGUGCGGAGCUCGACGUACGAGAAAUUACCGCAGAGUCCGGACGAGGCCUCAAAUGUAGACAUCAAUCAUAAGAACAAUAGAAAGCAAACGAAUGAUAAGUUUAACAACAAUUAUAUUGAAAAACACGAUUUGUUGUCUCAUCACAAAAGCCAACAAAAUAACAAAACCAAUGGAAACGCUUCGUAUCUCUCCUCUAAAUGUUCAGCAAAGUCUUCAAUCAAAUCUAAAACCAAUAAGAAUUGUACAUUCAUCGCCACAAAACACGACCACAACUGCAACGACGACAACAACAGCCAAGAGUUCGGCCAAUUCUCGGCGGACUUGUCUCGUCACCGCUGUUUGAGUCACCGCUCUUUGAGUCACCACAUAUUGACUCCAAAUAUCACUUAUAAUAUAUAC